CGACAAAAUUGUCGUGAGUUUGGAGAAGGAAUCGUUUGUGUCGUAUAAGUAGGAGAGCCCAACAAUUUCAUUUUAAAACGAUCAACGACAGACCUCUGUUCGUUCUUUCAGACCUGAAUUUAACUUAACCCGAUGGUUAUAUCAGUUAAAAGCGGAAUACUACGAUUUUAUGAUUAGAAGCAGGGCGAAUAUUCAUCAGUUGUUUAAUCAGCAAACGAUAAGAAACUUUAAUCGUAACUUCCUAUCAAUGGUGGGAUUUGCAAGUUUUUGAAUAGCGGCUAGGGUUUAGGGUUUAAGCGUGCGAGUGAAACCAUGUCGAUAGCAGCCGGGACCUUCUCUCCAUGUCUUCUCAAUAAUGGCACUCUCUACCACAGUAGACGGUUUUCAUUCCCACGCCCACAUUCUGCUGCUCGCUUCAAUGUUAAUGCUUUCAAGGUAAAAUCACCAGGAAAGGUUAUCCAAGACCAUAAAGAGAAUGCACAAUGGUUUGCCUCUGGACAAUGGAAAUUAGAUACUUCAUUCAAGUUCUUCCGUGGAUGGUCACUUUGUGGUCCAGAACAAUCUAGACACAAGGUACCAAUAAAGAGAAGAGUGGGAACAUAUUCUUCUGCCGUUCCUGAAGGAGAGGCGUCAGGCAUUGGAUUAAAAUCAGAACAAGAACUACAAGGUCCUUUAGAAAACCCUUUCAAAGAACACAUUCUUUCUUCUGAGUGUGGGGCACUACAUCAGAGCCAAAAUGUUAAUGGUAAAGCUGGUUUUGUUUCGUUUUAUGGAGCUACUCACCAGCAUUUGGAGGAAGAAAUUCCCCGAUUCACAGCAUCCAGAGAAGGACGGCAGUCCCUAGUUUGGCUUUUGGGUCCUAUAUUUUUAGUAGCAACUGUUGUAUUUCCACCAUUUUUUCUUCGAAAGGUUUUUGAAGCUCUCUUUGAGGACUCCCUUCUGACAGAUUUUCUAAUACUCUUCUUUAUGGAGGCUGUGUUCUAUGGUGGGGUUGCCGCUUUCCUUCUUGUUACAGAUUAUGUUCAGAAGCCUUGUUUCGAAUUCGUAGCAGACAAGAGAAGCAUUGAUAACAAGCUAUAUGGAUACAGGGUUGUUUCAAUAGCAACAUUAGUUCUCAGUGUGCUCCUGCCACUUGUAUCUCUUGGUUUGGUGUGGCCAUGGACAGGACCAGCUGCGUCUGCUGCUAUUGCACCUUAUUUAGUAGGCCUUAUUGUUCAGUUUGCAUUUGAGCAGUAUGUCCAACGUAGAAAAUCGUGCGUUUGGACUAUUGUUCCCAUUGUUUUUCAGGUUUAUAGACUCCAUCAAUUGAAUAGGGCUUCACAGCUAGUUGGAGGUUUAAUGUUCACACUAAGAGGAGUAGAAUCCAGUCCACAGACCAUGGCUAUAAAUGGUUCAUUGACAACAUUGCUAAACGUCCUUCAAGUUCUUGGUAUUAUUUGUCUCUGGUCAAUGACAACAUUUAUGGUGAGGUUUUUCCCAUCUCAACCAAAGACUGUUUCUCCUUGAUCUGUUUUUCUUGAGGAGGAUGACUUCCAUAGAGCUGUAAAUGAAAACUCUACGUACAAUGUACAGUUUUGUAAAAUUGAUUUCUCCAUUGAUCAAUUAGAGCAUUAUCUGGUUUGUUAUGAAUAUAUUAUUCUGUUUGUUAAGCAUGUUUCUGAUAUAUUCUUUUUGCCGGUUGAUUACAAUUUCCCUUGGAAUAACCUUCAAAAAUUAGCAGGAAGCAGAUCAUGGAUGUGUUCUUGUGCUAGGCACAUAAUUUUGUGCUAAUUGUUAUUAAUGAUUUAUUAUACUUUCUUCA